UUCCUGGUGGGCGUGACCGGAAGUGACGCAACGGAGGCGGCGGCGGGGCCGGCGGGGCUAAUUAGCGCCGCCAUGGGGGAGCUGAGCGACCUGGACCGGCAGAUCGAGCAGCUGCGGCGCUGCGAGCUCAUCAAGGAGAGCGAGGUCAAGGCCCUGUGCGCCAAGGCCCGGGAGAUUCUGGUGGAGGAGAGCAACGUGCAGAGGGUGGAUUCGCCCGUCACCGUGUGCGGGGACAUCCACGGGCAGUUCUACGACCUCAAGGAGCUCUUCCGGGUGAGUGACCCCGAGUGGGCGGGGGACGUCCCUGAGACCAAUUACCUGUUCAUGGGCGACUUCGUCGACCGCGGCUUCUACAGCGUGGAGACCUUCCUGCUGCUGCUGGCGCUGAAGGUGCGGUACCCGGACCGGAUCACGCUGAUCCGGGGGAACCACGAGUCGCGGCAGAUCACGCAGGUCUACGGCUUCUACGACGAGUGCCUGCGCAAGUACGGCUCGGUCACCGUGUGGCGCUACUGCACCGAGAUCUUCGACUACCUGAGCCUGUCCGCCAUCAUCGACGGCAAGAUCUUCUGCGUGCACGGCGGCCUCUCUCCGUCCAUCCAGACCCUGGACCAGAUCCGCACCAUCGACCGCAAGCAGGAGGUGCCGCACGACGGCCCCAUGUGCGACCUGCUCUGGUCCGACCCCGAGGGUACGGCGGGGGUCCCCAAAAACCCGGUGUUCUGCCCCAAAACUCGCUGAGACGGCCCCAAAGCAACGAGAACGCCCCAAAAUCCAUCGAGAUCUGCCCCAAAACUGCCCAAAUUCAGAAUUUUGGGGUUCUGGGGACAGGGCAGGGACAGGACAAAAAAACUCCCAAAAAAUCCCUGGGUUCUACCUCAAAAUUCACUGAAAUGGCCCCAAAAGCAACGAGAGCGCCCCAAAAUCCAUCGAGAUCCACCCCAAAACUGCCCAAAUUCAGAAUUUUGGGGUUUGGAGAGACAGGGGAGGAACAGGGCAAAAAAAAACCCCAAAAAACCCCAAAAAAACCCCUGGGUUCUGCCCCAAAACUCACUGAGACGGCCCCAAAAGCAGCGAGAACGCCCCAAAAUCCAUCGAGAUCCACCCCAAAACUGCCCAAAUUCUGCAUUUUGGGGUUCUGGGGACAGGGGAGGGACAGGGUUAAAAAAACCCCAGAAACCCCUUGGUUUUGCCCCAAAAUUGACUGAGACGGCCUCAAAGCAACGAGAACGCCCCAAAAUCCAUCGAGAUCCACCCCAAAACUGCCCAAAUUUGGCAUUUUGGGGUUUGGGGACAGGGCAGGGACAGGACAAAAAAACCCCCAAAAAAUCCCUGGGUUCUGCCCCAAAAUUCACUGGAAUGGCCCCAAAGCAACGAGAACGCCCCAAAAUCCAUCGAGAUCCACCCCAAAACUGCCCAAAUUCAGAAUUUUGGGGUUCUGGGGACAGGGGAGGGACAGGGCAAAAAAAAAAAAACCAAAAACCCCCGGGUUUUGCCCCAAAAUUCACUGGAAUGGCCCCAAAGCAACGAGAACGCCCCAAAAUCCAUCGAGAUCUGCCCCAAAACUGCCCAAAUUCGGCAUUUUGGGGUUUGGAGAGACAGGGGAGGGACAGG